AAACCAAGACAGAAGGGCCUUAGCAGAGCCUUCUUUCUUUACUUAUCAUUCUCUCCAGAUCUUUUCUGCCCUCUCCAUGUAUGGGAAAUAGGAGUGAUAGGGGUUGGUGCUUGAUACUUUGAAGCCAGAAAAUGGAAGUGUUUUGCAGGUUUUUGCUUGUUGUUUCGCUGUUUGUGUUUGUAGAAUCUACAUGCAACAGUACAGACCAAGAACUGGUCUCAAAGGCUUUUGGCUCUGUCUCUGGCUUCAAUCUUUCUUGGUUUCAACAUGCUGGCUCGACUUCAAACUGUUCUCAUCCUUCUGUAACAGAAAUAAGGCUUCCUUCGAGAAACUUGAGUGGCAGCAUUUCUUGGCAUUAUCUCAAGAACAUGUCUCAACUGCACAUAAUCGAUCUCUCCAGCAAUUCUCUUCGAGGUCAGGUGCCAGCCUGGUUUUGGUCUAUAAAGAGCUUGAGUGAUGUCAAUCUGUCCAAGAAUAGGCUUGGAGGGAGGAUUGGGUUUGGAAUUAAUAGUUCAUCUUCGUCAAUGAUUAAAGUUCUCAAUCUCUCAACCAACAGGUUCACCAACUUGGUUAAACUCUCUGGUUUUGCAAAUUUAGAGGUUCUUGAUAUCUCUCAUAAUGAUAUAGGUUCUUUGCCUUCUGAGUUUCCUAACUUGACCAAGCUAGAGUCGCUUAACAUUUCAAGCUGCAAAAUUUUAGGCAACAUAAGAGUCAUUUCAGGUCUCCGAUCAUUGAAGUAUCUAGAUGUCUCGAAUAACAACAUGAGUGGUAAAUUCCCCUCUGAUUUCCCUCUUCUAGAUGGCCUCAUGUUCCUGAAUGUUUCACUAAACAACUUCUCUGGACUCGUUGGCUUAGACAAGUACAGGAAAUUUGGAAAAUCUGCUUUUAGUCAUGGUGGUAGUUUGAUUUUCAAUACCUCAAAAAUCCCAACUAAUCCCAUCAAGAAGCCACGUUUAAAUCAAACCCAACUUCACAAGAAAACCAUAAAAAAAUACCCACCAAUUUACUUACACGCCAAAAAGACCAAGCCCAAAUCAAAAACCAAAACCCUGGUUAUUUUUGUCUUAGCAACAUCAUCACUUGUUGUCGUUUCAAUUGCCAUUUGCGUCUUUUGCAUGCACAGAAGACGAAAGAUUGCAACGAGAAACAAAUGGGCAAUCUCCAAACCUGUCCACCUCACUUUCAAGAUGGAAAAAUCAGGGCCGUUCAGCUUUGAAACCGAGUCAGGUUCAUCAUGGGUGGCAGACAUUAAAGAGCCAACAUCAGCACCCGUGAUCAUGCCAUCUAAGCCAUUGAUGAAUUUGACUUUUAAGGACUUGAUUGUUUCCACCUCCCACUUUGGCACAGACUCUCUCCUAGCAGAGGGCAGGUGUGGACCCCUCUACAGAGCUGUCCUACCUGGAGAUCUCGACGUGGCAAUCAAGGUUUUGGAGAAUGCAAGAGACCUUGAUCAUGAUGAUGCUGUGGCUCUUUUUGAAGAUAUUUCCAGACUUAAACACCCCAACCUCCUGCCGCUAUGUGGGUACUGCAUUGCAGGUAAAGAGAAGCUCGUCCUGUACGAGUUCAUGUUCAACGGGGAUCUCCACCGUUGGCUCCACGAGCUUCCCACACUCAAAACCAACGUAGAGGACUGGAGCACUGACACGUGGGAGAAUCAAAACGUCCAUAGGUUCCACGUUGCUUCCCCCGAAGAAAAAACUAACUGGCUCACGCGCCACCAAAUCGCCGUCGGAGUGGCUCGUGGAGUUGCCUAUCUCCACCAUGCGGGAUCUACUCAUGGCCAACUCGUCGCGUCCAACAUCCUCCUCUCCGAUUCUCUCGAACCUCGAGUUGCCGAUUUUGGACUUAGAAAUGUCGGCUCAAGUAACAAGAGUGUCGGUUUGGAAAAACAAGAUUGUGGGUUUGAGCUUGAUGUGUAUUGUUUUGGUGUUGUGUUGAUAGAGUUAAUGACGGGUAAGCAAGGGAGUGAAGGGAAUGUGGAGUGGGUUAGGCGGCUGGUGAGAGAGGGGCGUGGUGGUGAUGCGCUUGACUCGAGACUGAGACUCGGUGGCGACUCAGUUAGCGAGAUGGUCGAGUGUCUGCGAGUUGGAUACCUUUGUACGGCUGAGCUGCCUGAGAAGAGACCCACCAUGCAGCAAGUCUUGGGUUUGCUCAAAGACAUACAUCCCGUGUUGAGUUGAAGCACCGACUCUGGUUGAAGUGUUACCUCUGAGGCCACACGAAACUUUGGCGAUCAUAUCGUUUUGUUGAUUGAAAAAUCAAGUGAUGUUCACGCGCUAUGAAGUGAAAUGGGGUUGGAAUUUAAGCGAAUUUGGACAGACCUUCUUGCUUGUUGCUAUCUCUCUCAAGAAUUAUAGCUUUUUUAUGUUUUAUUACUAAUUCUUUUA